UCGAUUUGCGGUAUGUUUCUUCCCUUGCUAAUGAUGUCAAGCCCUUUGACAUCCUUUCUUCUGCUCGGAUUCAGUAUUCUACGGUAUCACUGGUAAGGUUCUUUGCUGAGAUCAAUCAUGACGGAUAACUCUGAGUUCAAUCCUGAGCUCGUCCUCGCUCAUAAAUUUCCAGAGAGAGCCUUCGCCUAUACUGAAAGAGAUGUAGCGCUCUAUGCUUUGGGUGUUGGAGCUUGUGCCCGUAAUGCUGUGGAUGCUGAUGAACUUAAAUACGUUUACCAUGAAAAUGGCCAGAAUUCUAUCCAGGUCUUGCCAACAUUUGCUGCUCUUUUCUCUCUUGAAUCAAUCCCAGAUGGCAUAAGUCUUCCAGGGAUUCAAUAUGAUCCACAUCUUCUGUUGCAUGGGCAGCAAUACAUAGAAGUAUACAAGGCCUUUCCCUCAUGCGCUUCUUUAGAUAACAAAGUCAGUCUUGCAGGAUUGCAUGAUAAAGGCAAAGCUGCUAUUCUUGAGAUUGAAACUAAAAGUUACGAGCGAGAAUCUGGUGAACUAUUAUGCAUGAACCGGACAACUGUCUAUCUUCGCGGUGCUGGUGGCUUUUCAAAAGCAUCCAAGCCCUUUUCCUACGUGAACUACGCAUCCAACCAGGUCCCAGCUGUGAAAAUUCCAAAAUCUCCUCCUUUCGCAUUAUACGAGGACUGUACUCAGGCAUCUCAGGCAUUGCUGUAUAGACUAUCUGGUGACUAUAAUCCUCUGCAUUCAGAUCCCUCGAUUGCAAAAGUUGCAGGAUUCUCUGCCCCCAUAUUGCAUGGGUUGUGCACACUUGGAUUUGCAGUCCGAGCAAUCAUCAAAUGCAUCUGUAAAGGAGACUCAAACAUGGUCAAAAACAUAUCGGGUCGGUUCCUUCUGCAUGUGUACCCUGGUGAAACUUUGAUUACUGAAAUGUGGCUUGAUGGCCUGAGGGUCAUUUAUCAGACAAAGGUGAAGGAAAGAAACCGAUCUGUGCUAUCUGGCUUUGUAGGCCUCAAUCGUUUAGCUUCAUCUAUGUAAAUCAAUGUUACAGUCAUAGAACAAGAAAUUUUCGUUGCACAAAUCUCGUCGGAAGAAUGUAUCCAAUAAAAGAUGUUCAAAAACAUUUCCUUAUUUUCGUUGCACAAGUCUCGUCAGAAGAAUGUAUCCAAUAAAAGAUGUUCAAAAACAUUUUCUUUUUCAUCCAUUGUAUCUGCAACCUUAUAUAAGGAAUCUAAUUUCUUAUUCUAAUAAGAAACCUAUCCAUGCUAUGGU